AUGUCGGGAGCGGUAAAAUCAAACAUGCGAGAAGGACUAGCAAAAGCGCGCAAAGCGGACACAGACGAUGACAGAUGGAAAAAGAAAUCCACAAUGAUUACAACAACAAGCACAACAGCAAAGUCAACCGCGACAAUACACACCACACCGAUUGAAGCGAUGAUGGAGGGUGGACAAGAAAAGCGAAAGUGA